AUGGGUGAUAGGUCUAAAAUGUUGAUUUCAGGAGAUGAAUUGAUGAGCUACUUCAACAAUUCAGUAAAUUUGUGUUUGUUUUCGAUGCCAGAGCUCGACCGUGCCAUUCGGAGGUUGCACCAUGUCGUCGGGAAUGCCGAAGUCGAUGAUGAUCGAUUCAUCAUCGUCGAAAAUGGCUCAACACAUAUAUUCCAUGCUGUGCUCUACGCCCUCUCGUCCCCUGAUCGGCCCAAACCAAUUAGCGUGUCGUAUCCAAUGGAGACAGAGUUCCUCCGAUCAAGGCUAUAUAAAUGGUCGGGAGACGCGAAUCGCUUUGAUGAAGACGAAGCUUACAUCGAGGUGGUGACUUCGCCGAACAACCCCGACGGCUCAAUUCGAGGAACCAUGGUGAACCGUGAAGGUGACACCGGCCAUGCCGGUUCUCGGAUUGUUUGGGCUAUCGUUAAGGAUAAAGCAAUCGCCUCCAAGAUGGUGACAUUCAUAGAGGUGAGCAGCAUUGGUGUAUCUAAAGAAUCCCAGCUUCGUGCCGCCACUAUUCUCGGAGUCAUCGCUGAUGACUGCCAGAACCUUGAGCUUGAAGAAGUAAACUUCUUUGAACACGGGAGGCGCCUCAUGUCCGACAGAUGGGAAAGGCUCCGAGAAGUGGUGAUAAAAAGCAACGGAGCUAAAGUCAUGUGA